CGCCUAUCGAAAAGUCAUCGAUGACGACUUCUUGUAGUUUACCAAUAAGCGAGUGUUUUUAUUUAACUUUUUGCGCAUUUACCGAGCCAAGUUACCCACCUGCGACCACGGCGAUGCCCGUCGUUUCUCGCUUCAGCCGCCAGUGAGCCAAGUGGGCCGAUCUCCAGGGGAUACUCCACAGGCUGCCUGCGUGGAUGUGCUUGGGUUUGGAUGUUUGGGUGCCGAAGUGGAAACUUAGCUCCAAGAAAAUAAACCAAUAGCAAUCAGUUAAUUGCCGCGAUUACGACCGUGUAGUGGCCAGAUAACCCGCCUCGUCGGUAGCAACAGCAACAACAAUAGCACAGCGCAUAUACCGCUCCUCAGCGGCAACAACAACCACAACGAUAAGUGGAGCAACGAGCGGUACGGGGAAAGCGGACCGGUGAUGAGUAAUAGCUCGGAAGGUAACGGGACCGGGGGCCGGCGCACCGUCGACUGGCAGAGAUUCGGACUCGGAGGCGACGAGGAUGGUGAUGUGACGGUGGCCAGCUUCCGCCAGCGGACCAACAACAACACUGGCGGAUUCGUGGACCUGGGCAACGAGUAUACGUACGCGGCUGGUGGCCACCAUGCAUCCGGAGCCAAUGAGAUCUUUGCGGGCGAGCAGGGUGACAAGCCCUGGUGGCGCUCCAACUUCUUCAUCUCGCAGCCCGUGCUCUUUGGCACGUGGGACGGAGUGUUCACCUCCUGCCUGAUUAACGUGUUCGGCGUGAUCGUGUUCCUACGAUCCGGAUGGAUCGUGGCACAGGCAGGCAUCCUCAACGCCGUGCUGAUAAUCUUCUGCACAGUGGUCAUCGCCCUGGUCAGCGUGCUGUCGGCCAUCGGGAUCUGCGAAAGGUGCCGCGUGGAGAGUGGCGGGGUGUACUUCCUCAUAGCCCACACCCUGGGCUCCCGCUUCGGUGGCGCCCUGGGACUGCUCUACUGCUUCGGCCAGGCGGUGGGAUGCGCCCUCAACGUAAUGGGAUUCGGCGAAUCGAUGGCCGGACUCGUGGGGCUCGAGGGAAACAAGUGGGCCAUCCGUGGCUUCGCCACUGCGGCUGUGCUCCUGCUGGGCUGCAUCAACGUGGCCGGCGUCAAGUGGGUCAUUAAGCUGCAGUUCAUCCUGCUCAUGAUACUGCUUAUCUCAGCGCUGGACUUCAUGGUGGGCAGCUUCACCAGCGAGGAGAGCGAGGGCUUUAACGGCUGGGUGAGCGGAAACUUUGUAGAGAACCUGUGGCCGAAGUAUGACGAUGGCUACUCCUGGUUCCGGGUGUUCGGCGUCUUCUUCCCCACCGUCACCGGCGUGCUCUCGGGCAUCAAUAUGAGCGGCGACCUGCGCGCCCCCUCCACAGACAUUCCCAACGGCACCCUGGCCGCCUUUGGCACCUCCACGUUUCUGUACCUGGUGUUCGUGCUGUUUUUGGGAGCCACCUGCCAGCGGGACAUCCUGUACACGGACUACAUGAUCUCCGUCAAAGUGUCGGCCGCUCAUUUUCUGCUCUUGGCGGGAAUCUACGUGUCUAGUAUGUCGUCCUGCCUAGGCGCCAUGUACGGCACCCCACGCGUCCUACAGAGCAUUGCCAAGGAAAGCGUCAUUCCGGGUAUCGAUAUCCUGGGAAAGGGUCGUGGUCCCAACAAAGUGCCUUUAUACGCCAUGGCCAUCGUGGCCUUGGUCACGGUCACCUUCAUUAUCGUGGGCGACAUCAACUUUCUAGCGCCCAUCGUGACCAUGCCCUUCCUGUUGACGUAUGCCUGCAUCGACUACGCCUACUUUGCCCUGGCCCAGACCUUCGACAUCCAGGAGCAGCGCGAGGAGCGUUUCCGCAUCCAGGCCUCGAGUCCCAGCUACGAGACGCGUCGCUACGGCAGUGUUUCGGACACUGGCAACGACCUGGACCUGCUUUUUCCGGAUCGGGUGCGCCACAAGAACCUGCAGAGUCCGCAGAACUCACCGCUGCACCAGACGGAGCCUCUGCAGUUCAACAACGAGGGGCCCAGCACCUCGCACCAGGCGCAGGUUUUGAAUUCCGAGGCGGACACCACACUGUCCGUGGAGCAGGCAGCCGGGCAGGGCGGCAGCGAGCAGGAGCAGGAGCAGGAUAACGAGGCCGAACCGAUCGCGCCCAUCCGCCCGCCCAUCCACUCCAAGACGAAAAACUGGUACUCCGGCUACUGCAACCGGUGGGCCUCGCUGCUUGGCGCUUUCACUAAGCUGCUGGUUAUGUUGCUGGUGAACUGGUACUAUGCCCUCACCUGCUUCCUAGUGGUGUUCGUUGUGUGGUUCUAUGUGGGCACGGCCAACCCGGCUGUGAAGCCAGGUCUCACUGCGGAGUUUAACUUCUUCGCCUGGCUAAAAAGCGUAAUUUUCCGAUGCUUCGGCAAACGAAUAAAUGAGUACGAACAGAUCGUGGUUACUCCAUCGUGCCCUGGUGUGGAUCUCUCGCCCACGCAGCUCAACGAGCAGAACGAGGACUUCCGCCCGCGGCCCAACUACCAUCACUCGUCCGUCAUCGAGGGUCGCCUCAUCGAUGACAUCUAGACCCCACUGGGCAUCUGGGAUCUGGGCAUCUGGGCAUCUGGGAUCUGGGAUCUGGAUGGGUGGUUAGAGCAUAGAGCGGAUAGAGCAGGGGACGUGGCUGUGGAAAGCAAUAGUCGACUGCAUUUCUUUUACGCUAAACAGUACUAAGCUUAACUAAUCUAGAGUGAAGUGAUGUGAAAAGUGAAGCCAGCAAAGCAACCAAACUAAACUAAGCCCUAUACUCUACAUAUUUAUUCGCUAUAUAUGUUUGUGUGUCUGUAACAACGUGUUUAAUGUAUUGCUAGGAAUAGCGACAGCUGCGGUCGCAAUAGGAGCAAUUCAAGUUCCCCUUUAUAUAGUUAUUGCUUGUUUUAAACAGUUAAGAGUCUGUGUGAGGCAUUUUAUCAGGAUUUUUCCACUAGUGCAUCUUUAAUAUGGUUGAGUUUUUAUACAAAUUGAGAACGUUAUAUAUAAGAUCAGAAAAUUUUAUUAGACUGUCUUGAUAGAUAUGGGUUUUGACAGCUAUUCAGUUUUGGAAAUUAAUCAAUUUUAAUUUUGUUCUUUUUUAAGAAAGGUAGAAAAGUGGGAAGAAACAGGGAAUAUGAUUAAACAAAAAAAUGUGAAUUAUUAGAGCUUUACAAAGUUAAAGUUGUCAGGCUUUUAUUUUGACCGCAGUUGUUCAGUCCGGUAUUUAACACCAGCCCACCCACUCCCUCGCAGCACACCCACUCCCAACACCGCACACAACUAUUUAAUUGUAAUCUUAAGUUUCGCAUACGUUCGAUGUGAUCCUUGCUCGCGUAGUUCUUUAAAACCGAUUUCUUCUUGAUCGAGAUCAUAUAAAAUGUUGCUAAAUGGAUAUGUUUCUGGUGUUUCCGCACACAAAACACAUUUUAAGGAGACAUAUGUGAUACUGAGAUAAUAAGUGAACCAAUAAUCGAAACCAGAAAUCAAACUCGAUUAUUUGGCGCCAUUGCAUUUAAGACGAACACAAAAAAGCACAAUGAAAAUGUUACAGAACCCAAAAAACAAGCCUAACACAACUCCUAACCUAAGCUGUACCCUGUAUAAGCAUCUCGAUGAACAAUAACAAUAACAGACUAAAUUCAUAAUAUAAUCCCGUAAUCCGCGUACUCACUCGCCAUAAGCAUUCUGCAGAUAUAUCCAAUAAACGCACUCUAUAAACACUA